AUGCUGGGAGUUUUCACAAUACUACAAAAUCAUUUAAAUUUAUAUCAUUUACUAUAUUCAAUAUCAUCAUUUAUUUUAUCAAUAUAUAUAAUCAUACCUUUAUUUUAUGUACAUAUCAUUUUAAUUUCAUUUCAAUUUUUAAUUUCCAUUUUUAAUAUAAUAUCAGGAAUAUUAUUGAUUAUUAAUACUAAUACCCAUAAAUCGAUCACAAUUUUAUUUAUUAUUAAUAUAAUUUUUAUAACUUCAUCAUUUAUUAUACUUUUAUUUAUAUUUUUCUCAAAAGUUUCAACAACAGAUUUAGAAAAUCAACAAUCAGAUUCAAUAUCUAAAAAGGCUUCAGAUGCAACUUUAUUUGAUAAAAAUUAUUCAAUGGAACAAAAUUGGAUUAAUAAAGUUGGAGAAAUUGAAGAAAAACCACAAAUAAUUCAAUAUUCAAAUUCUUCAAACACAAUUCCAUUAUCAAUAUCACAUCAAAGUUUAAAAAACAAACAACAUGAAUCAUUAUUAAUGAGUUUAGAAGAUUAUCAUAUUGACAAUGAAGAAUUAAAAAGAUCAAAAUCAAGUUCAAAUAUAAAUAAAUUACAAAUACAAAAACAAAGAUGGAAACUGAUUAAUGAUGAAAAACAAUUUUUAUUAAAUAUUAAUGAAUCUUUAUUACCAUCAGUUUUGAAACAGAAAAAUCACGAUAGUUUAGAAGAUUAUGAAAAUUCAAUGCAAGGAUUAGAACAAAUUGGUUCAGGUUUUAAACCUAAACAUUUCAAUUCUUCAAUAACUUUAAAUGAUUGGGAUUUAAAUGAAUAUAAUAAAUUUAGAAAUUUAUCAGAUUAUAAUGUUGUACCUGGUUUACAUAAAAUAGUAGGUAAUUUAAAUUUAUCAACAUCAGAUAAUAAUACAUUUCUUAUACCACCAAAUCAAGAUAAUAUAAUUGAUAAUAUAGAUGAUUUAAGUGAAUUUUCAAUAUCAAAUACUAAUAAUGAAGCUGCACCAUCUUUACAUACUUUCAGAAAAGAAAGUGGACAAUCUCAACCAAGUACAACUCAAGAAAAUGAACCACCUAUUUUACCAGAACCUAAAACACCACCACCACCACCACCACUACCACUACCUAAAGAUCAAUUAAAUAUAUCUAAAAACAAUUCCCCAAUUAAAAAAUUCUUAUCAGAAAGUCCAAAAAGAAUAUUUAGAUCAAAUACAACUGCAUUUUCACAACAAAAUAAAUAUCAUCAUAAUCAUUCAAAUUCAAUUAUUUCUUUAAGAUCAGGUAUAUCUUCAAGAUCAAGAUCUAAUUCUCCAAAUAAAUUUAAAUCAACAAUGUUAAAAUUACAUAAACAUACUUUAAGUGUUCCAAAUUUUAAUCAAUUACAUUAUCAACAACAACAACAACAACAACAACAACACUCACAACAAAAUAGUACUACACCAUCACCACAACAUACAACUUUUAAUUCAAUACAUUCUUCGAAAAUUAUUGAACCAAUUGAUUUAUGGGAAAUUCAUACUACAAAUUUCACUUAUGAUAAUAAUGAUGAUAUAGAUACAACAAUAUCAGUCAAUAAGAUUAAUGAAGAAACUAAUGAAUCAAGAGUAAGCUCAUUACCAAGUCAAGUUUUAGGUGAAUAUGAUAAAGAAAAAUGGAAACAAAUUAAAGAUUAUAUAUAA